GGCCACGCACUGGCUGGAGGGCCGAAGCGUGGGUGUCAACGCUGUGUCCAGCGACUUCACGGCCACCGAGACGUACCUGCGACGACGGCAGCUGCUGCUCGGAGGCGGGGUCUGAGUCUUGCCCCGCCCCUCCCCGCUAUAUAAAGGCGGCGCCGGCGCAGACCACGAAGUUUCCGGCACGGCCGGCGAGCGCGGUGGUUUCGCGUCUUGAGGCAGCUGCGUCCGCACCUCUCACCGCUACGUCGGGAGUUCGAAGCCAGGGUCCGCUCGUGGCGUGUUCGCAUCCCCGGCGCGAUGUUGUUCGACAAAGUGAAGGCGUUCGUGGUACAGCUGGACGGCGCGAGCGCGGGCGCCGAUCCGGUGUUUAGUGGUGGCCAGGUCGUGGCCGGCCGGGUGCUGCUGGAGCUGGCGGGCUCGGCUCGCGUAGGCGCCCUGAGGCUGCGCGCGCGGGGCCGCGCCCACGUACACUGGACUGAGUCGCGCAGCACUGGCUCCAGCACCGCGUACACGCAGAGCUACAGCGAGCGCGUGGAGGUCCUGAGCCACAGUGCCACGUUUCUCGCGCCAGACACUGGAGAGACAACCACGCUGCCUCCUGGGCGCCACGAGUUCCCAUUCAGCUUCCAGCUACCUCCAACCCUGGUGACCUCAUUUGAAGGUAAACACGGCAGUGUCCGAUACUGCAUCAAGGCCACCCUGCACCGGCCCUGGGUCCCUGCCCGCCGGGCAAAAAAGGUGUUUACUGUUAUUGAGCCUGUGGAUAUCAACACACCUGCUCUGCUGGCCCCUCAAGCAGGAGCUCGGGAGAAAGUCGCCCGAUCCUGGUACAAUAACCAUGGCCUCGUCUCCCUCUCGGCCAAGAUCGACCGCAAGGGGUACACACCAGGUGAGGUAAUCCCUGUCUUCGCUGAGAUCGACAACGGAUCCACGCGCCCGGUACUGCCACGGGCGGCCGUAGUCCAGACGCAGACCUUCAUGGCACGAGGCGCCCGCAAGCAGAAACGAGCAGUGGUGGCCAGUCUCUCCGGGGAGCUUGUAGGCCCCGGGCGGCACGCACUGUGGCAGGGCCGGGCACUUCGGAUCCCCCCCGUGGGCCCUUCCAUCUUGCACUGUCGUGUGCUGCAUGUGGACUAUGCCCUCAAGGUCUUCGUGGACAUCCCGGGCACAUCCAAGCUGCUCCUGGAGCUGCCGCUGGUCAUCGGCACUGUUCCCCUGCACCCUUUCGGCAGCCGCUCGUCCAGUGUGGGCAGCCAUGCCAGCUUUCUGCUGGACUGGGGGCUAGGGGCCCUGCCAGAGCGGCCAGAGGCCCCUCCUGAGUACUCAGAGGUAGUAGAUGAUGUGGCAGCAGUGGGGCAGAGCCCCUUCCUACCACCUCAGGAUUUCGACAUGAGCCUCGAAGGCCCCUUCUUUGCCUAUAUCCAGGAGUUCCGCUACCGCCCACCGCCCUUGUACUCUGAGGAGGAUCCAAACCCCCCCUCGGAGGCCAUGAGGCCACGCUGCAUGACCUGCUGAGUGGAAGUGGAUACCUUGAGGAACGAGAUUGCCCAUAUACUUCCAGCCACUGUGGACAUGGGGAGUGGCUGGAUCAAGAGCAGACCAGCCCGACUGCACUGAAGUUGGGGAAACCAAGUCUUGGAACAGGGCAGGGCUGUUCUGAUAUCACACAGGACAGAAGGAGAACCAGUCUGGGAUCUGACUUAUCUGGACUGGGCCUCGUAAGGCAUCAGAUGCAGGAUCUGAGAGACCGUUCAAGCUGUCUGUGCUGGCCUGUGGGCGGGGUUGGGUGCCCCAGGGGCUUUCAGUCUGAAGAGACAAAGCCAGACAUAAAUACUUCCAGUCUUAUGGGACCAGAGGAAGGGUCUCAGGGCUGAGAGAAUCCAGAGAGGACACAGAGAAGACUUUCUAGAGGAAGGGGCAUUUUAGCUGAGGCUUUGGUGUAUGAAUAGGAGCUCAGCAGGCAGGCAAGCAAGAGGGAGGAGAAGUCGGAGAAUGUCGGAGCUGAGUGAUGGUUGGAGACUGCCCCGUUCAUCUUAGAAAUGGGGCUCAGAGGGCAAGGCGAGAGGGCCCAGGAAUGGGGCAUUUGGGGAAGAAGGUCAUGGGAGCCAUGUGGGGCCUGUGGGCUGCAGGUGCAGUGGCUCUAGUCUUUGAAGCCUCUGAAAGCCAGAGAUUCCUGCCCCAGGCUGGAAGUUCCUAGGGGCUCCUCCAGGUACUCCAGACACAGAGCUGCCUGGGUGCUAUAUGGCCUAGGUUCAGAGGGGAACGGACAAAGCCAGUUAUGUAACUUGCAAAUGAAAUCCUUGUUCAAGGAUUAUUAAGAAUUUUAAGAUAGUGACAGCAGAGCAUUCAACCAGGCGUUGGGGACAGAGGUCAUCCUGGGGUGACACAGCAGGGCCAGUGUGUUUCUGGAGACCCCUAUGUCCUGGAGAGACAAAGUGGGAAAGGGCAACUGGACAAGCCCCCAGUUGCAGAGUCCCAGCCUGGGACUCAGCAUUUCUAAUAAGCCUUAAAUUGUUCUCUUUUGUAUAAUUAUUUUUUUAAAAAUAAAAAUAUGGAGAAAGA